AUGGAAGUGGAACCCAUCUCUCCCUCGAAAUUUAAGCUCUCAAUCUGGAGUCCCGCCCGGGUUCUGCGAAUAUGUACGAUUGCUUCACUGGUUCUGCUGUUAUUGGUCGGUGUUUAUUAUGCACUGCAACUUGGAGAAGUGCAUUUCCAUGGCGAAAGCGGGCAUCAUCACACGGUUGUUUUGGAUUGUGGAAGCACCGGAACAAGAGUGAGCGUGUACAAGUGGGAAGCAAAUCGUUCGAAGGACUCGGGUUUGCCUGUUUUGGUGAAUUCUUACCCUGAAUUUGAGCAUUCAGCUCGCAGUUCCACUCUGAAAAGAACAUUUGCCUGUAAGUAUCACUGUUUUCAGACCGAGCCAGGUUUGGAUAGCUUUCUUGGCAAUUCUUCAGGAGUGAAAUUAGCACUGGAACCCUUGAUUCGAUUGGCGGAAAGGUGGGUGCCUCGUGAAAGACACGAGGAGACUCCAAUUUUUGUUCUGGCAACUGCUGGUUUGAGAAGGUUGAAGGGUGAAGAUGCGAGGCGGGUUUUGGAUGAUGUGGUAGGUGUUGUGAAGGAACAUUCUUUUGUUUAUAGGAAGAACUGGGUGAGAGUUUUGAGUGGGAAAGAAGAAGCUUACUAUGGUUGGGUGGCUUUGAAUUAUCGGAUGGGGAGGCUAGGAAAUUCCUCAAUAGAGCCUACCUUGGGACUUCUCGACUUAGGAGGUUCCUCAUUGCAGGUUGUGACUGAAGUUGAUGGCACUGAUGCUCAUCGAGCUGAUGAGCACUUGAUGAGAUCAAAAGUUGGGUUAGUAGAACACUGGAUAUUAGCAUAUUCAUUACCGUCUUUUGGGUUGAAUGAGGCAUUUGACAGGACAAUUUCUAUGCUUCCUGUUGAUCGAACUGCUGGUGAUGCCGUCAAAAUAAAGCAUCCUUGUCUGAGUAGUGAAUUUGACAAAAUGAACGCGAGGCAUCAGAUGAUGAAAACUGAGCACUCUUAUGUAGUUGGAGACCCUGACUGGAAGAGGUGUAAAGCUGUUGCAAGGGCUGCAGCGAUCAACGUCAGUAGUUUUGAUUGGCCAACCUCGAUGAUGGUUGGGAGUUAUUGCAAAGAGAAGUUCUCUUUCAACAACACAGGCAGCAACAUUCCCAACCUGGCAUCUGGUUCCCACAAAACCCGGCACUUUCAUGCACUAUCCGGGUUCUUUGCAGUUCACAACAUCUUAAAGCUGGAAGCAAGAGCAAACUUUACCAAGAUUUGGGAGACAGCCGGGAAGCUAUGUUCUUCCCAACAGUUGUCGACCGAGUUGAGCAGCAUGUUCGGGAACAAGAAGUAUGGUAGCCAGUACUGUUUCAGCCUGCCUUAUAUGGUGUCGCUCAUACAGGACUUGCUGUGUCUUCGCGACGAACAGAUAGCAUUCGGCCCUGGAGAUCUGUCCUGGACACUUGGAGCUGCAUUGGUUGAAGGAGAAGACUAUCACCUCGGGCAACAAAGCAGUACUACUACAAGAGAAGGAAAAGAAGACAUUGGUUUCUCGAGAAGCAUGGAUUACUACAUUCACUCCCCAGUUUUUGUGUUCCUGUUGCUUCUGUUUCUUUUGAUUGUUGUUUACUACAGCCAGAUCAAGCUGCCUAUGCUGGGGAGGAAGAAGGCUGCUGCUACUCUUUCUCUUGGCCCGUCGUUGCCAUCUUACAUCUAUCCGAAACAACGGCCUAACUGA